AAGGCGCCCUCUAUGGCAAAACGUCCAAGCUUAUCAAGAAAUGGCGGCCCAACACCUUGGUCUACACAAUUAAUAUUUAUUGCAACGGAUCGCAGAAUUUUGAAUAUUUAUCCAGCACGUUCAGCCUCCAUCGUCUUGAACUUUCAAUACAAUUAAAAAAACAGCUUAAAGCAAACUAACCGACUAUAUAAAUCGUGUCACUUGAAUCGCAUUGACAAAACAAGCAAACUAUCGACAAUAGCAAAAGUUUUAUCGAACAACUGUGUUUUAACGGAGUAAAAUGUUUGGCAAGUUUUACGAUUCAAGUUUUGAUCUUAUCCAAUCGUGGCGUCAAAUCAAACUGAAGAUGGAGUAGUUUCGACUCAUCGAGAACUGAACACGACAUUGCUAGUAGCCAUAUUAAUUGCCAUUGCUCUUAUUAAGAAAACUUUAUCGUGAACGAAAAGACUACAUUUUAUAGAAACACAUUUUCCAACAAGAGUAACCUUUACGUCUACACGAACGAUGGAGUAAAAACUGACCUUGCAUUACAAUUAAGGAAAUGUGUGGGGAUUAGGACUCAAUGGUAUCAUAGUUGCUCAGUUUUAAACAGAAAUAAUUACAUCUUUCAUGAUUGAAUGACAAUGCAUUAGAAAUACUAUACACCCAAUAAAACAGAAAUAUGUCGAAUGAUAUGAAUAUGCAAGCCGGAAAGCCCAAUGAGGAAGAAACUGUCAAAAAUGCAGAAGAAGAAGAAGGCAGUUCAUCUAUUGACCUGCAUGCGCAAGAAAGUGGACAAAUUUAUGGAGGAUGCGAAGGACCAGACGCGAUGUAUGUGAAACUAGUGAGCAGUGAUGGACACGAAUUUAUUAUUAAACGUGAACAUGCUUUGACUAGUGGAACCAUAAAGGCUAUGUUAAGUGGUCCCGGACAAUUUGCCGAAAACGAAGCCAAUGAGGUUAAUUUCCGUGAAAUCCCCUCUCAUGUAUUACAAAAGGUUUGCAUGUAUUUUACUUAUAAAGUACGUUAUACGAAUAGCAGUACCGAAAUACCGGAAUUUCCUAUUGCACCUGAAAUUGCAUUAGAAUUAUUGAUGGCUGGAAAUUUCUUAGAUUGUUAAGAUCAAUUAAACAAUACCGGUAAUUAGGAGCAAUUUAGUUUUAAACUUUAAAAAAAUUUUUUUCUUAUGAUUUUACUUUGAGGUUCACUGAUGCAUCGUUACGAUAUUGAAUGCAAUGUUGAAAUAUUUAGUGUAUUAUUUUUGUUGUUGUAAGAAGAAAUAAUUAAAGUUUAUCAAAUGGCAAAACUCACAAACAUAAAUUCGAAAAUUUCUUAAUACUUAUCAAGUGCUAAACAUUUAACAAGCAUUGUAUGAACUUCAAUUAACAAGCAAUUAAAAACUCGUUGCUUAUGUAUAGGAAACAAAUUAUAAUUGACUGCAUUCAUCGCAUAUUUCAAUGAUAUAAUAAACUAUCGUAUUCUGAAUACUUCUGCAUCAAAAAUGUUAAUAUAAUAUUAUAAAUGGCAUCGAAUCGGUACAUUGUACAGUAGCAGAAGUCUUGUGUUUAAUAACAUUGUGUAUUGUUAUAAUUCCAUAGUUAUGUUUUUCCAUUACAUUUAAGAAUAUUUAUUUUUUUCUUUUUCUUUUAUCAACAUCAUAAAUUAUUUCCUGUAGAUUAUUCUAUAGCAAAAUUUGUAAUAUCUUAUACUUUGCAAGGAGAAAGUGGUAGCAUGUAGAUUCAUAAAUAACACACAAUACACUUAGAAAAUAGUUGACUACAAAAUUGAAAUAUAUUAUGUGAUAUAUUGUAAGGCAACACGCAACACAAUAAUCUUUUACAGAUUCUUUAUAUGUGUGUGCGUGCAACUGUACUUUAAUAUAAUUAAUUAUAAGAAUGCGAAUUGGUUGCUGUUAUUUUUCACUGUUAUUUACCUAAA